AUGGAUCAGGGAAGAAGGAAUUCUGACAACACCAAGGAUCACCUACAAUACCACACACCGCGUGGUAACAUCACACACAAAGUAGUAGUCGCCGAAAUCAACAGAGCUCCGCCAGCUACACCAAGAAACUCUAUAAACAACAUGCCACACAGAUGCAUGAACAGAGAAGGCGAUCGCCCAAGCCAAUAUCCACUUUUCGAAAGCCGAGAACUACCUCAGCGACGAAUCAACCCAAACAGAACGGGACCAGUCCCUUUAUACGAGUAUCCGGUCACUACACCCGACAAGGCAUCUUUCGAUUACAGCCGACCAUCUCGCGAGCAGCCAGCGGCGAUCGCACCGCAUGAACGAGCAAUGAUGCUCGAGCCGGAAAAUAGGCCUAAUGAUGUAGGAUUUAUGAGGGGUAUUACGGGUCCUGAUAAAAAGAUCGUGGGUGCUAUUUAUCAUCCUGCUGGAGAUUGUAGAGGCUUUGCUCGUGCGGAAUUCGGACCUCUUGAUCGUCAGGGAAGAGAACAUAAUCGGAUGCUUCAUGAUAAAGCGCAGCAUGCACCUCGAUCGCCAACGUGGCCGACUAGACCAUCCCGAUAA